CUUCCGAGCCGCAGAAAUGGUGUAGCGCAUCCGGAAAGAGGUGAACAAGCGAAGCCUAGGAGGGAGUCGAGGCCUAGCAGAAGGUCAAGAGGGUGUCCUGUCUGUGUUGCGGCCAGGAGCUCAGGCCGUGGGUGGAGUGUUGAAGAUCCAACAGGAGGGCUGAAGUCAUGGAAAAUGAGCAGGCGACACCUGCCUCGAGUGCCAGCAGCACGACCACCAGCGCAAGCAGCACCACCACCACCACUAGCAGCAACAGCACCACUAGCAAUGGGAGGCCGCAGGUCCCACAGAUAUCCGUUUACAGUGGGAUUCCUGAUCGUCAGACAGUCCAGGUAAUCCAGCAGGCUCUGCACCGUCAGCCCAACACAGCAGCACAGUACUUGCAACAGAUGUAUGCUGCACAGCAGCAGCACUUGAUGCUCCAGACAGCAGCCCUGCAGCAGCAACACCUGAGCAGCGCCCAGCUGCAGAGUUUAGCGGCCGUACAACAGGCAGUGAGCAGACAGAACUCCACCCAGAAUGGGACAGUGUCUCAGCAAGCAGGAUCUUCUCAAACUACUAUCAACCUGGCUACCUCCCCUGCGGCAGCUCAACUCAUCAGCCGGGCUCAGAGUGUCAACUCCGCUGCCUCCGGGAUUGCACAGCAGGCAGUGCUUCUGGGCAAUGCUUCAAGCCCAACGCUGACAGCCAGCCAGGCCCAGAUGUACUUGAGGGCGCAGAUGGCACAGCAAAGUAACCUUGUGCAAGUAGCUAGGAGCCUAGGCCGCGCUGUCCCUUUGUCCCCGCAGCUCAUCUUUACCCCAGCUGCCACAGUCACUGCCGUCCAGCCAGAGGUCUCCACUCAGUCUGCAGGCCAGCAGUCAACAAACACACAAGUUCAAAAUCUGGCUGUCCGUAGUCAUCAAGGUACCUCUCCGUCUCAGACUCCACUCCAAAGCUUAGGACUCAAACCAGUGUCUAGUGGGCAACCUCCCCCCACGGCUAGCAGCAAGAUCCUUGGCCAAAGCAGCCAGACACUUGCAGCAAAAAGUAAUGCACCAGAAUGCUCAGCAGAUGCCACAAAGAAAGGAGAGAGUCCACCCACCCUUGAAGCCCGAGUGGUUAAUGUGAGCCGGAAUGUGACUCCUGUGACCAGCCACCCUCUUAUCACCCCAGCAUAUACCCAGAUACAGCCUCACCAGCUGAUCCAGCAACAGCAGCUUCAAAACCAGCAGAAGCAAAUCCAGCAGCAGCAGCAGUUUGUGAUACAACAGCAGCAGCAGCAACCACAGCAAAUUCCACAGCGAACCCAAACAACGCUUCUGCACUCUGCCUCCAUCCAGCCUCUAACUCAGGCCCAGCCAGUACAAGCCCUCACUAUCCAAGCUCCUCAGGCCUCAACCCAGAGCCAGCAGUGCACUAUCCCUGUACUGCCCAAGCCACCUGCCCCACAAUCUGCUGCACCCAGCUCACCAGUGGCCAUCUUCCAUUCUACACUAGGACCUCAAGCUCUCGUCCAUAAUGGACAAACCUCCACUUUGAGCCAACCUUCUCAGCUAAUGCAGCCGAGCCAGCAACCAAUGCAAGUGGCAGCUGUCAACCUGCAGAUCCAGCCAACUCCACUUGCGCCCCAAAGGCCAUCAGAGGAUGGAGAAUCCAAGGAGAACGGAAUGCCGAGAGAGGAGAAAGAGGGAGCUGACCAGCAACCAGUGUCUGAACCUGCAGAGCAGCACAAGUCCUCUCCAGGAAAAGGCCCAGAAAGGGCGAAUGGGAAGCUGGGUGUUGGCCCCGCUCCAAAUAUGACCUCAGGAAAUGGGAACAAUACGUCCACGGUCCCCGGGAGCACCCCACAGAACGGGGAGAGCAAGCCGCCCCAGGCCAUCGUCAAACCUCAGAUCCUCACGCAUGUCAUCGAGGGCUUCGUCAUUCAGGAAGGAGCAGAGCCUUUUCCAGUGGGUCGUCCUGCACUGCUUAUUGACAAUUUGAAAAAGCAAAAGCUUCAGCAAGAUUCUGACAAAUUCUCAAACAAUUCACCACACACUACUGACUUAGAGAUGGAGAAUGCAUCACAACAAGAGGUCAAAAAUCCAGAAGAGGAGGAGGAUGCACCAAAGCUGAAGUGCGAACUGUGUGGUCGUGUUGAUUUUGCUUAUAAGUUCAAAAGGUCCAAGAGGUUUUGUUCUAUGGCUUGUGCAAAAAGGUAUAAUGUGGGAUGCACAAAACGAGUUGGGCUUUUCCAUCCUGAUAGAAGUAAAAAUGCAACAAAGUCUGACAGUCCCAAACACAGGCGGAGAAGGUCUCGCAAGGGGAAUCAACAGAGUUCGAACAAAGAGCCCAAAAAAACACAGCAGCCAAAUCUGCCACUACAGACUUCAGGGAGCCUGGCUGCUCCCUCCCCUCUUCCUUCACACCCUAGCCGGGAGUCCAGUCAGGGCUCUGAUAUCUCUAGUUAUGAGGAGCCACCAUCCCCUCUGUCAGCUGCCAGUUCUGGACCUCUUCUCAGGCGACAAGGGGAGCGAGGUUCUGAUGCCCAGGAGAGCAGUGCAAGGGAGCUGCCUCUGCUAACACAACACUUCCUGCCUAGCGACCCAACCAAGUGGAAUGUGGAGGAUGUUUAUGAGUUCAUCCGCUCCUUGCCAGGCUGCCAGGAGAUUGCUGAUGAGUUUCGUUCUCAGGAAAUAGAUGGUCAGGCACUGCUGCUGCUGAAGGAGGAUCACCUUAUGAGUGCCAUGAACAUCAAGCUGGGUCCUGCUCUCAAGAUAUAUGCUCGAAUCAGUAUGCUGAAGGACUCUUAACCCUUGUAUGCAGCACAGGAAAGGGCCAUAAGAAACCGACUUGGAAAAUAACAUUUCUACCAGACAAAUUGUCUGCUGUCAAUAGUUGGUUUACUCGACACGUUCCAGAAAUAUCCUAACCACUGCCAUAAGAUGACCAAGUAAAGGCCUGCCUGUUUUGCUCACAUGUGUUUCUGCAAUUUAAUUUUUUUCUGUCCAUCCCCUUUUUGAAGAAAAUGGAAACGUCAACUAAUGUGAAAAGAACAUUCAGUAAGACACUUGUCCCCACCUUCUGUUUAUUGUUAUGUGCUUUGUUAGUUUGAGUAGCCCUUUCAUUGAAACACAGUAGACAACAGAUCAGAAUUUGACCUGAAUCACCAGACAUGUUGCCCGUGGUCAUGGUUGACACUAGAGCAUUAGCUGCUCACAUAUCUGGAGGUGUGAAUCUUGUCCCCAUCAAACAUGGUCCUAAAUGUCUAAAAUUCUAGGCAUUGGGCAUGUUCAUAUCAAUAUCAUCUUCCUCUUGUAAAAAUGGGAACAUAUGUUCUCUGUCUUGGUGCUUUCUAACACUAAGUCUGUCAUAGGCCCUGGGCAGAGGGAUGAGAGAAGAGCCAUGUCAAGCUGGGCAGUGACCAGAAGCAAGACUUUGGUGCUUUUUUUUUUU